GACAAUUCAACUUUGGGCUCUAACCCCCAUCGUCUCGGUGCCGACCAUUGAUUCUCGAUCUUUCGUUUCGAAAGUUUUUUACGGAGUUUUCUCUGUUGUCUAUCCGUUCUUCUCGACAUCGUCAACCCUAUCCCUCUUUUUUAGGUCAAAUCUUUUAUCGCAGCAUCCAUUUCUUCUUCGUUUUGACAGAGAAUCGCAUCAUCGAAUUAUCGAACUGAAACUUUGAUUGGUGACAGAGUCGACAGGUCCGUUGUUGCAUCCUUGGAGGCUACGCUUGAUAUUGAAAUUCCAAAAUGCCAGCCACAGCAGGUCGGGUUCGCAUGCCUGCGAACAAUCGGGUUCACAGUAGUGCAGCCCUCCAAACCCAUGGCAUCUGGCAAAGUGCCAUAGGAUAUGAUCCUUAUGCUCCCAACAAGGAUGAUUCAAAGCAGUCAUCCCAUCAGAAGUCUAAUUCUGAACCUGAGGCUGAGAAUGCAUAUGCUAGUUUUCAAGGUCUUCUUGCCCUGGCCCGUAUAACUGGUUCCAAUGCUGAUGAAGCCCGGGGAGCCUGCAAGAAGUGUGGCCGCGUUGGCCACCUCACAUUUCAAUGCCGAAAUUUUCUUAGUGUGAAGGAAGAUGCAAAAGACAAGGAUUCUGUUGCUGUCCAGGCUGCUGAUGCAUCAGGAAUGGAUAAAUUGAAGGCAAGCGGAGGAAAGAUGGAGAACAAGGCUCUUGCAGAGAGCUCUGAAGCAAGCUCAGAGGUGGAAGAUCAGACUGAGAGUUCUGAUUCUGAUGAAGAUCCGGAGAUUGAGAGGAUAAUUGCUAUGCGUUAUGGGAAAAAAAGUGGCAGCAAGGUGAGAUCAUCGAGUAAGAAGAAGAAGGAGGCUUCGGAGGAAAGUGGAUCAGACUCUGGAGAUAGGAGGAAGAGAGGUAGAUCGAGGAGGAGGAGGAGGAGCCGCAAGAGAAGGGAUGGUGAUUCUGAUGAUGAAGAUGAAAGUGAUCAGAAGAGGAAAAAGGACAAGAGGAGGAGAGGGCAUGAUUCAUUGAACGAGGAGGCUGAACGUCAUGCACGCCAUAGAAAGAGUAGGAAGGAGAAAAGGAGGAGGAGAAGUCAUCAUCACUCUGAUGAUUCAUCUGAGUCAGAAGAGUCUGACAGAGGUCGUAAGAGAAAGAGCAGGAAGGCAAGGUCGCAUUCUGAUUCUGAUUCCAGUGACUUGGACGAUUCGCGGGUUGGCAGGGGCACUAGGCGUUCUGAGAAGAGGAACAAGAACUAGCAAUCUCUAGUCAAGAUGGUUGCGCAUAUGAGGUGCUUAAGUCGCGCGAGGAUAUGAACCUUGAGUUUGAUUCUACUGAAUGAUUACCGAAUCGGUGUGGAAAACCUGAAAUGAACCAAUGUGUGUUUUGAAUAAAUUAGAACUCCAUUGAAGUGGAAAUUGGAAUUUGUGUUUAUGUAUGAAUGUGGUUUGAAACUGGCAUCUGUCGUGUAAAAUUGUUCAUGUUGAUAUGCCUGAUACGUUAAAGAGUGUUUUUUGCUUUAUCUGCUA